AUGGGGCCUGGAUUGUUUUGGAACUUCCCUCCCAAGGCUGGCUGCACGGUUCCACAGAGCCUCCUGCAGACCAUGUUGCUGUCCAGGAUGGCGGGGAUGAAGGAGCAGCAGUUCACCGAGGAGAAGCCCCUGUUGCCGGAGCAGAGAGGGCUGGACUCAGACAUGGCGUCAGGGGGGCCGGCCUGCACCGCCAGCCCCGCCAGCCCUGCGCCUCUUAACAACCCCCCUCCCCCCAGUCGCCCCACUCACCGCUGGCAUGUCAUCGCACGGCACUGGCUCCGCCAGACCCGCCGUCGGACCAGCGGGGUCCUCCCGGAUAGCUGUGAGCAGCUGAUGCCAGCAGGAGAUUGGAAGGAACAUGAUAUUGAAACCCCUUAUGGGAUGCUGCAUGUGGUGAUUCGCGGUGCACCAAAAGGAAACAAGCCCGCCAUCCUCACCUAUCAUGAUGUUGGACUGAACCACAAGCUGUGCUUCAACAGUUUCUUCAAUAAUGAGGAUAUGCAGGAGAUCACCAAGCACUUUGUGGUUUGCCAUGUCGAUGCCCCGGGGCAGCAGAUUGGAGCAUCACAGUUGCCACAAGGGUACCAGUACCCUACCAUGGACCAGUUGGCUGGGAUGCUGCCCACUGUGGUGCAGCAUUUUGGAUUCAAGAGCAUCGUUGGGAUUGGAGUUGGAGCUGGAGCUUACGUCCUGGCCAAGCUUGCUUUGAUCUUCCCUGACCUGGUGGAAGGUCUGGUUCUGCUCAACAUCGACCCCAAUGGCAAAGGCUGGAUUGACUGGGCUGCCACCAAGCUUUCAGGUCUGACCAGCGCCCUGCCAGAUACUGUGCUGCCACAUCUUUUCAGCCAGGAGGAGCUGAUGAACAACACAGAGCUGGUGCAGAGCUACCGGCAACAGAUCAACAACACCGUCAACCAGUUCAACCUGCAGCUUUUCUGGAACAUGUAUAACAGUCGGAGGGACCUGGACAUGAACCGCAGUGGGACUGUGAUCAACGCCAAGACCCUCAAGUGUCCUGUGAUGCUGGUUGUGGGAGACAACGCCCCUGCUGAAGAGGGAGUGGUCGAGUGCAACUCUAAACUGGACCCAACCAAUACCACCUUCCUAAAGAUGGCUGAUUCUGGUGGACUCCCUCAGCUCACACAGCCUGGAAAGUUGACUGAAGCCUUCAAGUACUUUCUGCAGGGAAUGGGCUACAUCGCUUAUGUGAAGGAUCGGAGGUUGAGUGGAGGGCCAGUGCCCUCUGCCAGUAUGACCCGCCUGGCUCGCUCCAGGACGGCCUCCCUGACCAGCGCAAGCUCCAUUGAUGGGUCCCGCUCUCGGGCCUGCACCCACUCCGACAGCACUGAGGGAGUCGGUACGGUCACCCACACCAUGGAAGUGUCCUGCUGA